CGUCACAGAUAAGCCAAGCAGCACAACAACACAGCCGCAUCACGAUCCAAGCACGGUCGACCCCGGCCUCUGCCCCUCGGCGCGUCAGAGCGUGCCUGCCGCUGCCUCUGCCCCUCCACCACGCGCAGCCGUGCUUGCAGCGCACAACAGCCAAACAUGGGCCGCAACCGGGCGACGUCGAUUGCGUCGACGCGCAGUGGGGAGACGACCACACAGGUAGGCACGGGCGUGGAAUAGACCUACACGCACGCAAUGUGUCGACGCAGCGGCCGCUGACUGGGCGCAGGAGCUGGGCAGCAUGUACGACUACCUGGCGAAGACGGUGCUGCUGGGCCCCAGCGGCGCAGGAAAAUCGUGCGUGCUGCACCGCUUCGUGCGCGACGAGUGGCGCGUGCUCUCGUCGCAGACCAUCGGCGUCGAGUUCUCGAGCAAGAUCGUGCACAUUGCCGACCGCAAGUCGGCGUCGCUGUCGAACCGCAAGCGCAUCAAGCUGCAGCUGUGGGACACGGCGGGCACCGAGCGCUUCCGCUCCGUCAGCCGCUCCUACUACCGCGGCGCCGCCGGCGCCAUCCUCGUGUACGACGUCAGCAGCUGGCGCAGCUUCGAGCAGCUGCAGACCUUCUUGAACGAUGCGCGCGCCCUGGCUGGCCCGGACAUCACCAUCAUUCUGGCGGGGAACAAGAGCGACGUCGUCGACGGCUUCGCCCCGCCGCCGGGCGCCGGCUACAGCUACGCCAGCACCCCGAGCUCCGACUACGGGCUGCCCCCGCCGACGCCCUCGAGCCAGUCAUCGCUGCACCUGAGCCUCAACAACCACUACACCGUCGCCCCGGACGGACGCGAGGUGUCGCAGGAAGCCGCCUCGCGCUGGGCCAGCGCCAACGGGAUACCCGUCGCCGUCGAGGUCUCGGCCCUCAAUGGCGAGAACGUCGAGGAGCUGUUCAACCGGCUGGCGCGCAUGAUCCUGACCAAGAUCGAGCUGGGCGAAAUCGACCCCGACGAUCCGCAGAGCGGCAUACAGUACGGCGACCUGGGCUGGGAUGACGGCGCCAGCAGCAUUGUCAGCGGCCACCCUGGCGGGUCAGUGCGUUGGAGGGGGGGCAAGAAGAAGCCGCGGACAGAAUGGGAAGAGGUCUUCAGGUUAAGCGGCGGGACAAGAAGAGGCGGGUGCUGUUGACCUGGACGAGUCGAGCAGGUCGACAAAUGGGCUUGCUUUGGUACAUUUCUGUAGUGAUGCUGUUCCUUGUGCAUAUAUGAGCGAGCGACUUCUCUUUCCUAGUCCAGUAAUGUAUAUUCCGUCAGUCCA